UUCUUUCAUUCAUUCAUUCAUCAUUUUCUAGCACCAGACGUCUUUGUAUACGUCUCUCUCUCUCUCUCUCUCUGCAUUUGUAGUAGUAGGCAAUCGAGACAAUCAAAAAUGAGGGAGUGCAUUUCGAUCCACAUUGGCCAGGCUGGGAUUCAAGUCGGAAACGCCUGUUGGGAGCUUUACUGCCUCGAACAUGGCAUUCAGCCUGAUGGACAAAUGCCAAGCGACAAAACCGUCGGAGGCGGCGAUGACGCCUUCAACACUUUCUUCAGCGAAACCGGCGCCGGAAAACACGUCCCCCGGGCUGUCUUCGUCGAUUUGGAACCCACUGUGAUCGACGAAGUCAGGACCGGAACGUACCGCCAGUUGUUCCAUCCCGAACAACUCAUCAGCGGUAAAGAAGAUGCUGCAAACAAUUUCGCCAGAGGCCAUUACACAAUUGGGAAAGAGAUUGUGGAUUUGUGCCUCGAUCGAAUUCGAAAGCUUGCUGAUAACUGUACUGGGCUUCAAGGGUUCUUGGUUUUCCACGCUGUUGGUGGUGGGACUGGUUCUGGCCUCGGAUCUCUGCUUCUCGAAAGGCUUUCUGUUGAUUACGGAAAGAAAUCGAAGCUGGGUUUCACUGUUUACCCUUCUCCUCAGAUUUCAACCUCCGUUGUUGAGCCGUACAACAGUGUGUUAUCCACUCAUUCCUUACUAGAACACACUGAUGUUGCAGUACUUCUAGACAAUGAAGCCAUCUAUGACAUUUGCCGUAGAUCUCUUGAUAUCGAGAGGCCUACUUACACUAAUCUCAACAGGCUCGUCUCUCAGGUUAUUUCCUCACUGACUGCGUCUCUUCGUUUCGAUGGAGCUCUCAAUGUCGAUGUCAACGAGUUCCAAACCAAUUUAGUCCCAUACCCAAGAAUCCACUUCAUGCUUUCAUCCUAUGCCCCAGUUAUCUCCGCAGAAAAGGCCUACCACGAGCAACUCUCAGUUGCAGAGAUCACAAACAGCGCAUUCGAACCAUCUUCUAUGAUGGUGAAAUGCGAUCCUCGCCAUGGCAAGUACAUGGCUUGUUGUCUGAUGUACAGAGGCGAUGUGGUGCCCAAAGACGUGAAUGCUGCGGUGGCAACCAUCAAGACGAAGAGGACAAUCCAGUUUGUGGAUUGGUGUCCAACUGGGUUCAAGUGUGGAAUCAACUACCAGCCUCCCACGGUGGUGCCUGGUGGCGAUUUGGCUAAGGUUCAGAGAGCGGUUUGUAUGAUCUCGAAUUCAACAAGUGUUGCUGAAGUGUUUUCGAGGAUUGAUCAUAAGUUUGAUUUGAUGUACGCGAAGAGAGCAUUCGUGCAUUGGUAUGUUGGGGAGGGUAUGGAGGAGGGUGAGUUUUCGGAGGCGAGGGAGGACUUGGCGGCGCUGGAGAAGGAUUAUGAGGAGGUUGGGGCAGAGUCGGCUGAAGGUGAGGAUGAUGAAGGUGAUGAGUAUUAGAUGGCGGUGUUUUUGAAUGGAAAGCCAAUGGACUCAAUUGGUGUACAAUUUGGAGAUGGAAUUAGGACUUGAUUGUGUUUGUCUCUGUGUUUUUGUUUUGAACCGACUCUGUUUCUUUUAAUUUUCUGAUCAAUCCAAGGAUAGUUCUAUGGAUCUUGAAUUAUAUUGAUGUGUUGUUUUGUUUGCUA